ACGCCGGAAGGAGCUGUAGCUGCUGAGGCGCCAGAUGGUUUUAUAACGCUUCAGCUGCGACUGCGUGGGCUUCAAUGCGGCCUCUCCACAACAUGGCUCCGACUAAUGCCAUUCAAAACUCCUCACAAGCGGGAUGCCGUUGUCCAUUAGAGUCCGAGCUGAGGGCGGUGCUGCAGCAAAGGAUCAUGGUCCUGGACGGCGGCAUGGGAACCAUGAUCCAGCAGCAUAAACUAGAAGAGGAAGAUUUCAGGAGCGAAGAAUUUAAAGACCACCCUCUUCCACUGAAGGGCAACAAUGACCUCCUGAGCCUCACACAGCCCAAUAUCAUUUACAACAUACACAAGGACUACCUGCUGGCCGGUGCGGACGUCAUAGAGACCAACACGUUCAGCAGCACCUCUGUCGCCCAGGCGGACUACGGACUGGAACACAUGGCGUAUCGCCUCAACAGGGCGUCUGCGGAGCUGGCGAGGAGGGCGGCCGACGAAGUCACCAGACAGACUGGUUGUAAACGCUACGUGGCCGGUGCAGUGGGUCCCACCAACAAGACGCUGUCCGUGUCCCCGUCUGUGGAGAGGCCCGACUUCAGGAACAUCACGUUUGACGAGCUGGUGGAAUCCUACUCGGAGCAGGUCAGAGGGCUGUUGGACGGAGGAGCGGACAUCCUUCUGGUUGAAACCAUCUUUGAUACUGCCAACGCCAAGGCCGCCUUGUUUGCCAUCGACCUGCUGUUCCAGAAGAGCUACGAAAGGAAACCUAUAUUUAUCUCGGGGACCAUCGUGGACCGGAGUGGACGCACUCUGUCCGGCCAGACGGGAGAAGCCUUUGUAGUGAGCGUUUCCCACAUGAAUCCUCUAUGCAUUGGUCUGAACUGCGCUUUGGGGGCAAUAGAGAUGAGGCCGUUCAUUGAAGCCAUCGGAAAAAGCACCACGGCUUUCAUUAUCUGUUAUCCCAACGCAGGUCUUCCCAACACAUUCGGCGGGUACGACGAAACUCCAGAAGUAACAGCCUCCAAUUUAAAGGAGUUUGCUACGGAUGGACUGGUGAAUAUUGUUGGGGGCUGCUGUGGGACCACUCCUGGGCACAUCAGAGCCAUUGCUGAAGGAGUCAAACACUGUCAACCAAGAGUUCCUGCUGCAGAUAUUUAUCAAGACUACAUGCUGCUGUCGGGUUUGGAGCCGUUCAGGAUUGGCCCGUACACCAACUUCGUUAACAUCGGCGAGCGCUGCAAUGUGGCCGGUUCACGCAAGUUUGCCAAGUUGAUCAUGGCAGGAAACUACGAGGAGGCUCUAAGCAUUGCCAAGGCCCAGGUGGAGAUGGGAGCCCAGGUGCUGGACAUAAACAUGGACGAAGGGAUGCUGGAGGGGCCCUCGGCGAUGGCCCGGUUUUGUAACUUAAUUGCUUCUGAGCCGGACAUCGCUCGGGUUCCUCUGUGUAUCGACUCGUCUAACUUCUCAGUGAUCGAGGCCGGGUUGAAAUGCUGUCAGGGGAAGUGUAUAGUCAACAGUAUCAGCCUGAAGGAAGGGGAGGAGGAGUUCCUGCACAGGGCCGCCACUGUGAAGCGCUACGGAGCUGCUGUGGUGGUCAUGGCCUUCGAUGAGGAGGGACAGGCCGCCGAUACAGACCGCAAAGUGGAGAUCUGCACCCGGGCGUACCAGUUGCUAGUCAACAAAGUUGGAUUUGACCCCAACGACAUCAUUUUUGACCCCAACAUCCUCACCAUCGGUACGGGCAUGGAGGAACAUAACGACUACGCCAUCUACUUCAUCCGAGCCACCAAAGUUAUCAAGGAGAAAUUACCAAAGGCGAGGGUGAGUGGAGGUCUGUCCAACCUGUCCUUCUCCUUCAGAGGAAUGGAGGCCAUCAGAGAAGCAAUGCACGGAGCGUUUCUCUACCACGCCAUCAAGGAUGGAAUGGACAUGGGCAUCGUGAAUGCUGGGAACCUUCCGGUCUACGACGACAUCGAUAAAGAGCUGCUGUCACUGUGUGAAAACCUCAUCUGGAACAAAGACGCCGAGGCUACUGAGAAACUACUGGCCUACGCGCAGAAUCACGUGAAAGGAGCCAAGAAGGUGGUUCAGACAGACGAAUGGAGAGAAGGGGACGUAGAGGAGAGGUUGGAGUACGCUCUCAUCAAGGGAAUCGACAAGUAUGUGGUGGAGGACGUGGAGGAGUGUAAGGCUCAGGUGGAGCGCUACACUCGACCCCUCCACAUCAUCGAGGGCCCCCUGAUGAACGGCAUGAAGGUGGUGGGGGACCUCUUCGGGGCUGGCAAGAUGUUCCUUCCACAGGUGAUCAAGUCGGCUCGUGUAAUGAAGAAGGCGGUGGGCUAUCUGAUUCCUUUCAUGGAGAAGGAGAGGGAGGAGAUGAUGGCCCUGUCGGGGUCGACUGAGGAAAUGGAUCCCUACCAGGGCACCAUAGUCCUGGCUACAGUGAAGGGGGACGUCCACGAUAUCGGCAAGAACAUUGUGGGCGUGGUGCUCGGUUGCAACAACUUCAGAGUGAUCGACCUGGGUGUGAUGGUUCCCUGUGAUCGGAUCCUCAGAGAGGCCAUUACACAUAAAGCAGAUAUCAUCGGCCUGUCGGGUCUCAUCACCCCCUCUCUGGAUGAGAUGAUCUACGUUGCCAAAGAGAUGGAGAGACUGGGAAUGACAACGCCGCUGCUGAUUGGAGGAGCCACUACAUCAAAGAUGCACACGGCAGUGAAGAUCGCCCCUCGCUACACUUCUCCUGCCAUCCAUGUUCUGGACGCCUCCAGGAGCGUGGUGGUGUGCUCACAACUCCUGGACGAGGCCAUGAGGGACGAGUACUUUGAGGACCUGAAGGAGGAGUAUGAGGAGAUCAGGCAGGAGCACUACGACUCCCUGAAGGAUCGUAGGUAUCUGUCUCUUUCCCAGGCCAGAGCCAAGGCUUUACAUAUCGACUGGCUGUCUCCGCCACCACCAGUGCGUCCUCAGUUCCUGGGCACCCGUGUGUUUGAGUGCUACGACCUGCACAGCCUGCUGGCCUUUAUCGACUGGAAGCCUUUCUUUGACGUGUGGCAGCUGAGGGGAAAAUACCCCAACAGAGGUUACCCCAAGAUCUUUAAGGACAAGACCGUUGGUGCGGAGGCUCGCCGAGUCUUUGAUGAGGCCCAGCAGAUGCUCAACCAGAUGAUUGACAGCGGUAGUCUGACUGGGCGGGGCCUGGUGGGGUUCUGGCGUGCCCAGAGUGAUGGCGACGACGUCCGCGUCUAUGAAGGCGAUGCCGCGGUACACCCGGACACCGAGCCAAUCGCCACAUUCCACGGAUUACGGCAACAAGCGGAGAAGGACAGCUCCAGUUCAGAGCCCUACCUCUGUGUGUCUGACUUUGUUGCCCCCGCCGACAGCGGCGUGACGGACUACGUCGGCGUGUUCGCUGUGGGCGUGUUUGGAGCCGAGGAGCUGAGUCAGCAGUUCCUGGCUAAGGGAGAUGACUACAGCAGCAUCAUGGUCAAAGCCCUGGCUGACCGGUUGGCUGAGGCCUUUGCCGAGGAGCUCCAUGCUCGCGUGCGUAAGGAGCUGUGGGGCUACAGCACUGACGAGGCGCUGCAGGCCUCCGACCUCCACAGAAUUCGAUACCAGGGCAUCCGACCAGCGGCCGGUUACCCCAGUCAGCCCGACCACACAGAGAAGAGCACCAUGUGGAGCCUGGCCGGGAUCCAGGAGAAGACCGGUAUUUAUCUCACAGAGUCACUGGCCAUGAUGCCUGCGGCCUCGGUGUCUGGACUUUAUUUCUCCCACCCUCAGGCCUCGUACUUCGCCGUGGGCAAGAUAACCAAGGAACAGGUGGAGGACUACGCCGCAAGGAAAGGGUUGGGGGUGGAGGAGGCGGAGAGGUGGCUGGCCCCCAUCCUGGGCUACGACAGCGAGGCGUAGUGGGUGAAGUGGACUAACAGUCUGUAGCCCCCCGGGGUCCUAACCGCGCUGCUCACACACAGGUUUUAUUUUCAGUCCUUUUGUGUCAAAGGGUAUGACACACCUCCCAAUACUAUGCACAUGCUUGUAUUUUAUGAAAGUAUCAUCCAAUCUUUAUUAAAUGACUGAGAUGAUUUAAAGAGGGAAAUAAUCUGUCGGCGUUGCAUCAGUCACAUGUGUCUCCUUUAGCAGAUCUUAUCAUUUCUUAUGAAUGUUGAGAUGGUUUGAAAUCGAUGCAGUUUAUAAAAUCAUUGAAAGGGGGACAAAGCAUUAUGGGUCGGGGGGUCAAAUUUGGGAAGAUUUUCCCCAUUUGCUUUCUUUUAGAUUAAAAUGAAAAGAAUCAAUCUCAUGUCUGUGGCACGGCAGUCAGGAUGUGGUUGGAUCAAAGAAAGAAAACAUGACUUGUUGCAAGUGCUCACUGUCGAUAAGGGACAGUUUUCCAUUUUAUAUUUGAUGGAGCUGACUAAUUAUUUGGCAGUCAACCAAAUCCAAUAUGCAUGAAAGCCAGUUGAGAACACUACAAACCCACAGUAAACUAAACUUUCCCUAUUUCUUUUAUUUUCAUUAUUUUAUUGUUUUUGUGUAAGCAUGUUCACAUCAACAUUUUGCAUUGAGGCAAGUACUGUAAUAUAUCAUUUAAUGGUGAUUACUUGAAAGCCACGUUUUUAAAUGUGUUUUUUUUUUGGUUUUUACAGUUUUUACCAAAUAUAAAAUGACUAAGGAUGAAGCAAAAUAUUUCAUUGAUAAUAAUAAUAAGAACGAUAUAAUUCGCACAAUGAUUAAAUAUUCUCCCCUCCUUCAUGUUGCUGCUAUUCUACUGGUUACAGGUGUAGUGACGCUGGCCAGCGCUCCACUGGAGAGGCCAUUACAGAUCCACGGUACAAGUUACUCUUUUUGAUGCCAUAGAAAUGCAGAAGAAGUAGAAUGUACAUUGCAAUUCAAAUCUGCUUCUGGUCUUGGUGCAGAUAUUGUGACCCAACGUAGCGAGGUAGGACAAGAUGGUAACCAUGGUAACCACUAAACGCAGUGGUAAUGUUACCAUGCGUUGGUGCUACGUCUAGCUUCUAGCUACCAUCCUUAAUACCAUCCAUUGGUUACAGAACGUGCUCCCAAGCAAGCUACAAGGUUUUUCACCAUAACCACAACAGCCGCAAUUUUCUUUUUCACUUUUGUCACUAAUUCAUCAUUUCAUUUUGUUCAUUUCAUUCAUUUUGUUCUUUCUUUCAAUUCUGUCAAUCCUUAUUGAGACAACACUCAACGAAUUAAACCUUUGCCAUCUUGUUUCACCCUGUAGAGCAGUGGAACCACAGAUCCAAAUAGUGUAUUGGUUAGUUGUGUCUAUUUGUUAUGUAAUUACUCUGGGGGGAUUGUGGAAGAGGUGCAUGGGAAGUAUGACAAAGUUAUCGAUAUUAUUCCUCAUUUUUUCAUUAUGCCGUAUGUUUUAUUAACUUCCACAUGUUGUUUAAAUUUAACCAGGUAUUUCAUUUGCUGCGUGUCUAUAUAGUCUAUAUGGCCAUCUCCUCAUUCAAGGUGUUGGGUACAAAUUCUAAUAGAGUUACCGUAAGAUAUUGUCCGCAUGCACUUCACAUGUGUCUUAAAGCCCUGAUGUGCUGCAGUGGCUGAGCUCAGUCUCUAUAAAACUGUUUUAAUUAUUUGUCUCUUGUAUUGGAUAAAGGUGUUAUGGAUAAAUACUGACUGCAUUGCAAAUACUGUGAAACAUGAGCAAUAGAACAGUGUUUUAAAAAAAAUAAAUCCUUAUAACACA